GACACGGAGGUAAUUCCUGUAAGCGCUUCCGGUGUUGUCAUCGGCCGCAGCUGCAUGUUUAGUUUUAAUCAAUGCCGUAAGUUAUGCGUGAAAACCCGAGUUUUCCCCACUAAAAUCUCCAUUGUUUUAUAUUGUUCGAAAAUAUAAAGACACACGUGGCUUUAACAAUGAACGUCAUCUUUCAGAAGCUGCGGGAUAGUCUCACACAGCAGGCGUUUCUGUUGAACAAGAUGAUUCAGUUACACAGGGCAACGCCGUCGAUUCAGCAUCCUGUGUGGGGCAUCACCAAUGAAAGACAAUAUUAUAAAAUGCCAACCCAUGGAAUUGGCCGAUGGAGGCAUCUGUUAGAGAAAAAAGUGCAAAGAAAAAAAAAAGACCACCUUCAGAUGGUGCCUGUCGUACCAUCGGCGGGGACAGUGUACGGUACACUGAACGUCACCUUGUCAGGUUAUGACAUGACCGUGGUGAAGUGUUUUUCACAGUACAUUCACCACAUGUGCAACCGGCUCAACAUUAAAGUGGAAGAAUGCUACGCUUUACCAACCAAAACAACGGAGGUGAUGGUGAUGCCAAAGCACGGCACUAAAAUGUCAGUCGAUGCUGUUUUAAAAACGCAUAGAAGAGUCGUGCAGUUGCGUAGUCUGAGCACAGAACUCUGUCCCAUCUUCAUGGAUGUGUUGUUGAAGAAUCUGCCUGAGGGAGUUCAGCUCUCUGUGAAAGAGCACACUGAGGAGGAUUUCAAAGCUCGUUUCAAAGAGCGUCCAGAGCUGCAGGACCUGAUGGCUAAACUUAACUGAGGAGUUCAGAACAGUUGACAGUUUUGAAACUUCUUCAUAUCCAUCCACCACGCAUGAACUUCAUCUCAAACAUUUAAAUCAAGGAUCAUCUGGUAAUUUAUUUUUAGCAAUUCUCACCUGUGGGCUACAACGGACAUCAAACUGUACAUGACAUAGUCACAUUUUUGUUUGCUUUUUUUGUCUGGAGGUAAAACUUUUUUUGUAGGAAAAAUGUUAAAACAUGGAAAUUAAAAUAUUUUUGUUUGGA